AUGUGCUUGCCAAACAAAAAGUUGCGGCAGCCUUGUGGACGGCAUCGACAGGGCAAGGCAAGCGCAAACAGUGAAAUCCCCGCCAUUCCAUCUGUCUUGUGCAGAAUCUCUCACCCCAUCUCUGCACUCACUCCUCUCACCUUCGGAAUGGCCGAUCAAAAGGGCACGAAGCGAUCGAGCGUGGAAAGCGACGCCCAGGACUCGAAGCGCAUCAAGACCGACGACAAGCCCAACCCAUAUCUCGCCCAUCUCAACAUGGACGGCGCCAACGACUUCAAGUCGCCUCUCGACGAGAUGGAGCGCCACAACACCACCGCCCUUCAGGCCGCGAAGGCUGAGGACUCGGACAUCAACCCCUGGACCGGCAAGCCGCACUCGGAGAACUACUUCAAGAUCCUCAAGACUCGUCGCGACCUGCCCGUCUCUAAGCAGCGCGAAGAGUUCCUCGAGCUCUACCACAAGACCCAGAUUCUCGUCUUCGUCGGUGAGACUGGUUCCGGCAAAACCACACAGAUCCCUCAGUAUGUUCUUUACGACGAAAUGCCACACCAGACCGGCAAGCUCAUUGCUUGCACGCAGCCUCGUCGUGUCGCCGCCAUGUCGGUCGCCCAGCGUGUCGCAAACGAACUCGAUGUUGAACUGGGUCAGGAAGUCGGUUACAGCAUCCGUUUCGAGAACAGGACCGGCCCCAAGACUCUCCUCAAGUACAUGACGGAUGGUCAGCUGCUGCGCGAGGCCAUGCACGAUCCCAACAUGAACCGGUACAGCUGCAUCAUUCUCGAUGAAGCUCACGAACGUACGCUCGCCACCGAUAUCCUGAUGGCCCUCCUCAAGGAGAUCGCCCACAGAAGAAGCGACCUGAAGAUCAUUGUCAUGUCUGCCACGCUCGAUGCGCAAAAGUUCCAGUCCUACUUCAGCUUGCGGAAGGAGGACCCUCCCGCCCCUUUGCUCGCCGUUCCCGGUCGCACACACCCUGUCGAGAUCUUUUACACCCCCGAACCCGAGCGAGAUUACGUCGAGGCCGCCGUCAGGACAGUUCUUCAGAUUCAUGCGGUUGAGCCCGAGGGUGACAUCCUGCUCUUCCUGACGGGUGAAGAGGAGAUUGAGGAUGCCUGCCGCCGGAUCAGUUUGGAGGUGGAUGAUAUGGUCAGAGAAUCAGACGCUGGUCCGCUGGCCAUCUACCCUCUUUACGGUACUUUGCCACCACAUCAACAACAAAAGAUCUUCGACAAGGCCCCCGAGCCAUUCCGGAAGGGGGGUCGUCCCGGCCGCAAGUGCAUCGUGGCGACGAACAUCGCCGAAACCUCGUUGACGAUCGACGGUAUCGUCUAUGUCGUGGACCCUGGGUUCAGCAAGCAAAAGAUCUACAACCCUCGCUCUCGUGUGGAAUCGCUCUUGGUUUCUCCCAUCUCCAAGGCCUCGGCCCAACAGAGAGCCGGUCGUGCCGGUCGUACCAGGCCGGGCAAGUGCUUCCGUCUCUACACCGAGAAGGCCUUUAAGAAAGAGCUUAUUGAGCAGACUUAUCCUGAAAUUCUCCGGUCUAACCUUUCCAACACCAUUCUUGAACUCAAGAAGCUUGGUGUCGAAGAUUUGGUGCACUUUGACUUCAUGGACCCACCAGCCCCGGAGACCAUGAUGCGCGCCCUCGAGGAACUCAACUACCUUGCCUGUCUCGAUGAUGACGGUGGUCUCACUAAGCUUGGGAGCUUGGCGUCUGAGUUCCCCUUGGAUCCCGCUCUGGCCGUCAUGCUCAUCUCUUCUCCCGAGUUCUACUGCUCCAACGAGAUCCUCUCCAUCACCUCGUUGUUGUCGGUACCUCAAAUAUGGAUCCGUCCCAACAACAACCGCAAGCGUGCCGACGAGAUGAAGGCCCAGUUUGCCCACCCCGACGGCGACCACCUGACGCUUCUCAACGCCUACCACGCCUACAAGGGCGCCGAGCAAAACGGCGAGGACGUCAAGAAGUGGUGCCACGAGCACUUUUUGUCGUUCCGUCACCUGUCCUCUGCCGACAAUGUCCGGGCUCAGCUCAAGCGCAUCAUGGAGACGCACGAGAUUGAGCUCGUGUCGACGCCGUUCAACAACAAGGACUAUUAUACCAACAUUCGGCGGGCGCUGCUGGCGGGGUUUUUUAUGCAGGUCGCCAUGAGGGAGAGCUCGAAUAGCAAGAUUUACAAGACGGUAAAGGACGACCAGAUGGUGAUGAUUCAUCCGAGCACGGUGGUGUCGAGCCCGUAUGAUUGGGUGGUGUACAAUGAGUUUGUGCUCACGACGAAGCAGUAUAUCCGGACGGUGACGAAUGUUAGGCCCGAGUGGCUUCUUGAAAUUGCGCCGGUUUAUUAUGAUGUUGAUACUUUUGAGAAGGGGGAGAUCAAGUCUGCGCUGGUGAGGUUAACGGAGAAGGUGAAGAGGAGGCAGGCUAUGAAGGGGGGUUAUUGAUUUGGUGUGUAUGGGAUGUGUUAAUGUAUCUGAGCAUGUUGGGGGUUGGGGGUGGGGGGAAGGUAAAAUAGACAAUUUGAUGAUUUGGGACAUGGUGCAAUUUUCGGGCGUGUGUUGAUGUGGGUAACUACCUAGUUGUGUUUACGGGGAAGUGUGAGAUAGAGGGGCGAGUUUUUCCUUGCGGGUGGAAGAUGAGGAUUUCUGAACAGAAAGGGUUUAGUUUCUUGCUGGAUCGUGAGAUACGUGAUGUGUGCGAUGGUUAGAGGGGUGAAUGGUGUAGAGAUUGUGGGACUUUGAGCAAGAUUUGUAAAGUUUGACGGGAGAGUAAUGGUGGGGGGGUUGUCAACUGUGUGAGAGAAGGAGGCGGGUGUGGGUGUGGGUAUGGGUGUGGGCUGGAUAACGUCCGGGAUUUAUCAUGGCUUUGUGGAGAUGUCGAGGGAGAGGGAUACUUUGUUAGGAUAGUGGGUGUUAUCGGGAUGGUUGAAUAAGGGGUAAUUUGGGGGACGGACUAAGAGUUUUGGGUCACUUUUUUGUGAGAUGACGCAGGAACGUGUGUGUAUAAAUGGUAUUGGCUUGCGUGGUGAUGGUGAUGGUGGUGAUAGGGAAGAGGGACAACAAGAAUGAUUGAUCAAGCUGUGAAUGUCACGCAUGGAAUCUUCUCCUUCCAGUCAAGAAAAGAAAAAAAAAUUGAUGCUGCU